AUGGCAAACGAAUUAGAUUACGAGGCCAGCGAGGAACAAUUGAAGAAAUACGCCGACAUCUACUUCGACCUCCUUGAGAAAAAUAGGGUCACACCUCAUGCCAAAUUCCAUUACGCCAUGUCUCUGGUGCAAAGCAAAGAUGAGAAGAAAAUAAACGAGGGCAUCGCUAUGUUGGAGUCGCUUUCCAAAACUGACCGUCGUAACAAAGAUGAGUACAUAUAUUAUUUGGCGAUUGGUCACACGAGACUUAAGAAUUUCUACAAGGCACUGGACCUUCUCCUGAUAGUUAUGGGUAGAUACAAGCACGAUUUGAAAUUCUGCAACUUGUUCAAGGCCGUUAAAGAAAAGAUGGAGAUGCAUUCUUUAAAUCAGAUUUUGGCUUCGUUGGAGUUAAAGAAGGAAUAA